AUGACGAAUUCAGGAUUAGCAAACCACCACCGGCUUCCUCCUCCCACGGCGAUAAACAAACUCGGCGACGACCUCCUCGUAGAGAUUCUGAUCCGAGGACUCCGAAACCCUAGAUCCGCCUGCUCCUCCAAACUCGUCUGCAAGCGGUGGAGCUCCCUCAUAUCCUCUCCUCGCUUCAACCGCCGCUUCGUUUCUCACGGCCGGGAAACGAACCGGCCGAUGCCGGACGAUCCGUUGGAGCUGCUGCGGAUCCUCCGCGGCUUUCUCCCUCCCAUGCCCGACGGAGUUCGAAACGCUCUGACAGUUUUGGACUGCAACAAGGACCUGGUUUUAUGCGGGUUUCGGGACGAUCUAGGUAAAGAUUACGAGAAGAGCGAACGAAGCAGGUCGUACCUGGUCUGCAAUCCGUUUACGAAACAGUGGAUCGCUCUUCCUUUAGCACCUAGGAAGCCUCCUGCUGGCAGUUAUCGGGACCAAGCGAGGUUAGUUUGUCAACCCCGUAUUUCUCAUAAGCUCGAUUUGGGAGAUGAUGGCGGCGGUGGUCAUGAAGCGACGACCGUUUAUUUCGAGCAUCGAUUCCGUGUGGUGUGCACGUACGAAAAAUCACGUUUCGUUGAUUCGAAAUUACACGUGUUUUGUUCGGAGUCGGGAAAAUGGGGCAAGGAAACUCUUGCAUGUUGUAAUACUCUUGUCCUUGGUCCCCUAGUUUCUUGCAACGAGGAGUUGUUCUGGAAGUACUACGAAUUACACGGUUCGUUGGGUUUUUCGGUGGCUAGGUUUAAUCCUUUCCGUCUCGAUAUGCCUCCCACUUCUGUUAAUCCUCCUCGUGCAUUCCUCCACGCGAAAACCGACUGGUCUGUUUAUGUCUCACAAGGUGCAUUGCACAUCGUGGCGGUUGAAAACAGAACCGUACCCGCGGUUCGUUUAAGCGUAUGGAGACUUGAAGAAGACGGUCGAUCUUGGAGGAAACAGUUUGAGGGAUCGCUGAGCAAGACGUCGAAGUAUCGGGACUAUGAUAUCGUUGGGGGUUUUUGUCCGCUUGGUCUGCAUCCAAACAACCCGGAAAUCGCCUUCUUUCAUUGCACCGCCGGCGAGAACAAGAAUGCUGUAUUGUGCUACGAUUGGAGAAGGGAAGAAUUGAAGGUCUUCUGUCAUGCUCUCCGGGUGUUGCAGCCAAGAGUUUGUUGCUGGCCGGGGCCGAUUCCGAGGUACAAGGAGCUGCAAGGCGUCUACGAUGGAAGCUAUAGCUUUUGGUUUCAGACUAAGAGAGCAAAAGCAAAAACUCCUCCGCUCCAUCACCAAUUUUUUUUUUUGUCAAAUUUAGCGGUAUCAAUUCAGUCAUAA